GCGCAGAUUGCUCACUUGAUUCCUUGAAGAUGUCGUCUUCCAGCGCAUGUCUCGUUCUUGUCCUUUAUUUGCUGUCGAUGUUGCUGAGUGUUGCUCAACUUCAAAUCAUCGGAGAGGAAGAAGUCAAGGCUACGAAACCAAAGUAUCUCACCAAGGAUGAAUAUAAUUCGUUAAUUGAAACAGACGCCCGCUUCCUCGUAAAUUUUGUGAGCCCUGGGUGUAUCAAGUGCAAUGAAUUUGCCCCUGAAUAUGAAGAAGUGGCACGGUAUUUUGCUACUGAAAAGGCAGAUAUGAACAUCAGAGUGUUUAUAGAAGGUGACCUUCAAGUCAUUCGAAAGCAAGCUCUCAGAAGGCUUCCAUCUCUAUACUACGUCAGAGACAAGACUCCCAUCUUGUACACCGGUAAAAUGGAUGCCUUUUCUAUCAUUCAUUUUGUUGAGUUUACAGGAAGAAAAAUCCAUUUAACACUGACAGAUGACAACUUUGAACACCAAACUCAAGCUGCUACCGGUUCAACUACUGGUCCAUGGCUUAUCCUCUUCUGUAAUGUCGAGAAUCCUGACUGCUCUAUUCUUUUGCCUAUGUGGGAAAACGUUGCAUACAAACUGCAUGGGAUGAUGGUUGUUGCAGUAAUGGAUGUUGCUACCAGCCCUCAGACUGCCAAACGAUUCAAGCUGACACAAACUCCUUCAAUGCAACUAUUCAAGAAUGGGAAGCGAUACAUCUACAACCUCCAGAUGAGGGACGAAGAAACCAUAGAGGCAUUUGCGAAGAAUGGCUACAAGCAGGUUUCAGCCAUUGAUGUGGUGCCGCCACCUUCACCAUUUGAUACACUGACGGAAAACAUCGCAGAUCAGGUGAAGGUGGUCCUCUCUGAUGAACAUUCCUCUAAGCUUGUUUAUAUCGGCCUAGCUGUGGUCAUUGUACUUGUAAUCGUCUUCGUUCUCAUCCGAUGUCGAUCAUCUGAGGUUACACCCGAAAGAACAAAGAAAGGUGUAUAAUAAUUCAUGGAUUGCCCCUGUUUUGUGACAUUUUGCCUUAUUUUAUGUAGUAUUUAUUAUAGCACUAUUCCUUAGUAUUUAUAGAUAUUAAUAAUUUUCUAGUUAUUUCUGGACAAGAAUCUUAGAUGAAGUAACUUCAGUGGCUGAGAUUCACAAAAGAGGUUUAAACCUGGAGGGGUACAAAACCAUGAAGUAUGCAGAUCUUGUGUGUUAUUGCAUUUAAUACAGCAUUUAUUGAGUACCCUGAGAAGAAAUUUAUUAUCAGAACUUUCUCAAUGAACUCGCUGAAUCAAGUGCAGUUAUACAUAAAAUCUGCAUAAUUCACAGUUAUGUACCCUCUGUUUCUUUUGUGAACUUAGGCCAUGGUGAUACAUUAUGAUUCAAUUAUCAUAUCAGGAUCCCAUUUCAUAAAUACCUGUUGUAAUGACACAUGCACAAUUUACUAUUAGCCAGUCAAAUCAAAUGAUUCCAUUAGCUUUUAAUUAUUAUUGUGAUUUGUUGUUGUAACAAGUUUUAUGAAACGGGGCCCCAGAAUCAUUGUCUGGAUUUAUUAGUUUACUGGACAGUGUCUUAGCCGAGUUCUGUUCAUUAUUGUAAAAAUGGUUUCUUUUUAGUUUAGAUAAUUCUUUCAUUUUGUCUUCCAAUACAUUUAGAGUACAGAACACAAUAUAUUUAUUGUAGAAUAUUUAGGUUUAAUCCUGAGAAGGCUUGGGGAGGGGGAGAGGUAAUCCACCCUGGCCCCUGUGGUAUUUUAAGUGAUAUGGAUGCAUAUUGCAAAGGGGUUGUAUAACAUUCCAUAAUACUUUUAUCUUAAAAUCUUUUUGUGCAGCUUUUGAGACCAACUUCAAAAUUUUCUGGCAUGCGAUUCAGCCUUAAUUCAGAAAUGAAUUACUCUUUCAGCUUUUACUGAUAAAAAUAUGCUGAUCAUAUUGAUAUAAAAAAUUGUAACCAAUGAAUUUCAUUGAAAAGGUACUAAUUUUUUUUUAUGUAAAGAUAUAAAGAUGUGGGGAUAACAUACAAAAUUUCAAAGGCAGCUAAGUAUAUACAAUUGAUUUUGAAACCAAAUUAUUUUUUAAAAGAACAAUUUAUGGAAAUUUUUCAGUGUUUUGAAGCCCUAAAUUAUUGUGAUGUGAGAUUCAUCGAGUAAUUGAAAUGUAGUUAUUGUAGUAAACUUAUGUAGAUUAUAUUAUA